AUAAAUAAAACAUGAUUCUAGUUUAUUUUCCUUCAAGAUUCCCUAUGCUUAAAGAUUUAACAACUAAUCCAAUUUCCCGUAACUAAGAGUAUUAUUAUAGAUUCCUAUAUAUAUAUAUUCCGAGUUAGAGAAAACUACCAAAACAAUCAUCCUCACUUUCCAUAUUUCUUCUGUUUUAAAAGAAACACACAUCCAUGGGGAGUUACAACAAAACCAUGGUGGCUGUGUUAGUGAUGGUGAGUUUAUUAGUAAUUAUUUCAGCGGAUUUGGAGAGGUUUGAGCAGACAACGAAAGGUGACGGAACGCUCAGAUUUCUGGUGGUCGGAGAUUGGGGAAGAAGGGGCCAAUAUAACCAAUCACAGGUUGCUUCUCAGAUGGGGAGAAUUGGUGAAGAAAUGGACAUCGAUUUUGUGGUGUCAACUGGUGAUAAUUUCUACGAUAAUGGAUUGAAAGACGUCGAAGAUCCAAACUUUGUUGAUUCUUUUACAAAUGUUUACACGCCCAAGAGCCUCCAAAAGCAGUGGUUUAGUGUUUUGGGGAACCAUGAUUACAGAGGCGAUGCGGUGGCUCAGUUGAGCCCAUUUCUUAGAAAAAUCGACUCUAGAUGGCUUUGCUUGAGGUCCUUUAUUGUUAAUGCAGAGGUGGCAGAAUUGUUCUUUGUGGACACAUCUCCCUUUGUGGAAGAGUAUUUCACAAAUCCAGGUGAUCAUGUCUAUGAUUGGCGUGGCGUGUACCCUCCAGAAACCUAUACUUCCCACUUACUAAAAGAUCUUGAAUUAGCGUUGAAGAAUUCGAAAGCAACAUGGAAAAUUGUGGUGGGUCAUCAUGCUAUUCGAAGUGUGAGCCACCAUGGCGACACUCAAGAGCUUGUGGAUCGGCUUCUUCCAAUUCUUGAGGCUAACGAAGUUGAUCUUUAUGUGAACGGACAUGAUCAUUGUCUUCAGCGCAUUAGCGACACCAAAAGCCCGAUCCAAUUUUUGACAAGUGGGGCCGGGUCAAAAGCGUGGAGGGGGGAUGUGAAUACAACCAACGAGCAAGGUUUGGAAUUCUUUUACGACGGACAAGGAUUCAUGUCCGUUGAACUAUCACCGAGUGAUGUUGCAGUUGUAUUUUACGACGUUUUUGGUGCGGUUUUGCAUAGGUGGAAUAUGUUCAAAUCCGUACUCCAUUCGAUUGUAUAAAUGUCUAAUUCAGUUUCUAAUUCACUCUUUUUUUUCCCGUAAA